AUAUUCUAGACUAUGCUGGAUACUUCCGUAGUCUCAGCUUCGUGGCGGUUCAAUUCCGAUGCUACAUUCUCAGGCUCCUUCGCUCGAGUGUCUUGAGUUCUGAAGCAGCCCCGCCUUUGAUCUUCCAUUACAGCAUUGAACCAAAAUGUUCGGAGUUGUAUUUCCAAACCGCAGCUUCCCAAUCGACAUCUCCACUUUCUCUCAAAUCGACACCUUUCACUGGCUCCUCGACAUGAACACUUUCGUCGGAGAGGCGUACGAUCAAGUUCGCGAGGUUUGCAUUUUCCUUUUGAAUAACUUCACACUUCCUCCCGACAAAGCUCUCGCCGUUUACAUCCAGUCGCCGGGUUCGCCUUUCCUUUAUUGCGGGGCUGUCACGAUAGCCCGCCCGUCCGCCGUGCUCUCGCUGCCAUGGCCGGAGCCUGGGGGUUCUGGCCAGCUACAGUUGACGGCCGACGCGCAGCCCCUCUCGGCGAAAAUUGGAGUCUCUGUCGAGGACCUGGCAUCGUUGCCGUCCCUGGACGUCACCGCCGAGAAGCGAAUCGAACGUUUAGCAUUGAAAGUGGGUGAAAAUUUGUUCAAUUUUAUGCAGUCUUUUUGUGGGGUGGAUGGGUCCAAAUUGGUCGUUCCCAUGGAUAUUCUGGAUAGAUGGUUUAAGAAAUUCCAGGAGAGGGCCAAGCGUGAUCCUGAGUACCUGAAGGGUUUCGCUUUGUGAGCUUUUGCAAAAUUGUAGGUCACAUUGAAUUCAUCCCUAUGUAAGCUGAAUAUUUUCUUUUUCGGCCUUUUUUGUGUUAUGAAAAGAGAGGAAAUCAAAAUGCCUCUUGUGGUGUGCUUUUAAAUGUAUUCUCGCCAUUCUGAUUGAUUGCAGUAUAGGGCGUCAUACUGUUACUGAAGUGAACGUAUGCAUGACACAGCCAAAAGGAAAAUAUUGUUGCAACAUAAGAACAAUGGAAAGUGAUCAAUAGUAGCAUUUCACGA